AUGUGGGCCAGGUCUGGGCCGUACGAUGCAGCUGCAGGGUUCGGAACUUUAGGACUGAUGUUUGGUAUUCAGGACACAAAGGAUGUCGCGCUUGUCAGUGAGGUGAGGUGCCGUGCCGUGCUGCUGUGCUGCUGUGCUACUGUGUUUACGGGAGAUUCAUGUGUUCUGCUACUGGAUUCCACUGAACUCCACACAUACUCCACAGCCCCCAUACCCAAUACCCAGCCCACAUACCCAAUACCCAGCCCCCUUACCCAAUACCCAGCCCCCUUACCCAAUACCCAGCCCCCUUACCCAAUACCCAGCCCCCAUACCCAGCCCCCUUACCCAAUACCCAGCCCACAUACCCAAUACCCAGCCCCCUUACCCAAUACCCAGCCCCCUUACCCAAUACCCAGCCCCCAUACCCAGCCCCCUUACCCAAUACCCAGCCUACAUACCCAAUACCCAAUAACCAGCCCACAUAUCCAAUACCCAGCCCCCAUACCCAAUAUCCAGCCCCCUUACCCAAUACCCAGCCCACAUACCCAAUACCCAGCCCCCAUACCCAAUAUCCACUCCCCAUACCCAAUACCCAGCCCCCAUAUCCAGCACCCAGCCCACAUACCCAAUACCCAGCCCCCAUACCCAAUCCCCGUACCCAAUAUCCACUCCCCAUACCCAAUACCCAGCCCCAUACCCAGCCCCCAUACCCAAUACCCAGCUCCCUCACUCAAUACCCAGCCCCCAUAUCCAGCACCCAGCCUCGUACCCAGCCCCUAUACCCAAUACCCAGCCCCCAUCCCCAAUACUCAGCCCACAUAG